GUGUGUUUUUUCGACCAACAGGAGGCGUGUCUUCCCCACGGCCGGAGCGGAGCGCAGCAAGACGCGAGUCUGAAGGAACCGAUCUGGCUCGUCUCUCUAUCGGAACAAAUCAACUACUUUCUCAGCUCAUUCUAUUCGAAGACCGCCCGUGAAUGGAUUUCUCCCGGAUUUGCCCAGACUAACAUGGAUGCCCCACCGUUAGCUGAGUGGGAAGGUUGUUUCUUGGCGCAGUGAGCUGGACACGCAGAGCUUGCUAAUGGAUCUGGGGAAACGAAUGAUACCUUCUCCCUGACUGACCAUGCCGUGAUCUUGCGCGUGGGCCGUCACCCUGCUUAACGUCAAAAUAAACAUUUCGGGGGAAUCUACCGAUCCAGGGAAUAAAUAGUGGCAUCACACAGACACCAUGAAGAUUACCUCCCCGCUCAUAAGUAAAGCGAGAUUCAGGUGCACCGUCAGGCUUCUACUGCUGCUAUUACUAUGUGUGGGAUAUUCUCGCGGGAUGCCACACGUUUUAAGAUUUGGAGGAAUAUUUGAGUCCAUUGAGUCGGGGCCGUCAGGUGCCGAGGAACUAGCCUUUAAAUUUGCUUUAAAUACAAUCAACAGGAACAGAACCCUACUGCCAAACACAACGCUAACAUACGACAUCCAGCGGAUAAACAUCUACGACAGCUUCGAAGCCUCCAGAAAAGCCUGCGACCAACUAUCUCUGGGGGUGGCGGCCAUCUUCGGCCCCUCCCACAGCUCAUCGGCCAAUGCGGUCCAGUCCAUCUGUAACGCGCUUGGCGUGCCCCACAUCCAGACCAAAUGGAAGCACCAGGUGUCUGACAACAGGGACUCCUUCUACGUCAGCCUCUACCCAGACUUCUCCUCUCUCAGCCGGGCCAUUCUGGACCUGGUUCACUUCUUCAAGUGGAAGACGGUCACCGUUGUCUAUGAUGACAGCACAGGUCUUAUUCGGUUACAGGAGCUCAUAAAGGCUCCAUCUCGCUACAACAUCCGCUUGAAGAUCCGCCAGUUGCCAGCGGACACCAAGGACGCAAAGCCUCUCCUCAAGGAGAUGAAGAGAGGAAAGGAGUUCCACGUCAUCUUCGACUGUGGACACGAAAUGGCUGCCGGCAUCCUAAAACAGGCUCUUGCUAUGGGGAUGAUGACAGAGUACUAUCACUACAUCUUCACCACACUGGACCUGUUUGCGCUGGACGUGGAGGCCUACCGUUACAGUGGGGUGAACAUGACUGGCUUUAGGAUCCUGAAUACGGAGAACAGCCAAGUGGCCUCCAUCAUAGAGAAGUGGUCCAUGGAACGCCUGCAGGCCCCGCCCAAACCUGACUCUGGCCUACUGGACGGCUUCAUGACGACGGACGCUGCGCUCAUGUACGAUGCCGUGCACGUGGUGGCCGUGGCCGUGCAGCAGUCUCAGCAGAUCACUGUCAGCUCCCUACAGUGCAACAGACACAAACCCUGGCGCUUUGGGAACAGAUUCAUGGCCCUCAUCAAAGAGGCCCACUGGGAUGGCUUGACUGGGCGGAUCACUUUCAACAGAACCAACGGCUUGAGGACAGACUUUGACCUGGAUGUGAUUAGUCUGAAGGAGGAUGGACUGGAGAAGAUUGGAACAUGGGACCCUCCUAGUGGCUUGAACAUGACAGACCACCAGAAAGGGAAGACAUCCAAUGUCACAGACUCCUUAGCCAACAGAUCUCUAGUUGUCUCCACCAUACUGAAAGCUGAUCUGGCAGUGGCUCCCCUGGCCAUCACCUACGUGAGGGAGAAGGUCAUCGACUUCUCCAAGCCCUUCAUGACACUGGGGAUAAGUAUCCUCUACCGCAAGCCCAACGGAACCAACCCUGGGGUCUUCUCCUUUCUCAACCCCCUCUCACCCGAUAUCUGGAUGUAUAUUCUGCUGGCUUACUUGGGUGUCAGUUGUGUGCUGUUUGUCAUAGCCAGGUUUAGUCCCUACGAGUGGUAUAACCCCCACCCCUGCAACCCCGACUCAGAUGUAGUGGAAAACAAUUUCACCCUGCUAAAUAGUUUCUGGUUCGGAGUUGGAGCUCUCAUGCAGCAAGGCUCUGAGUUAAUGCCCAAAGCCCUGUCCACCAGGAUCGUAGGAGGCAUCUGGUGGUUCUUCACCCUGAUAAUCAUCUCCUCUUACACGGCCAACCUGGCUGCCUUCCUCACUGUGGAGAGGAUGGAGUCGCCCAUCGACUCAGCUGACGACCUGGCCAAGCAGACCAGGAUAGAGUAUGGAGUGGUGGAGGAGGGAUCCACCAUGACCUUCUUCAAGAAAACCAAGAUCUCCACGUACGACAAGAUGUGGGAGUUUAUGAGCAGUCGGAGGCACUCUGUGAUGGUGAAGGAUAUUGACGAAGGGAUCCAUCGAGUUCUCACCUCGGACUACGCCUUCCUCAUGGAGUCCACCACCAUCGAGUUUGUCACCCAGCGCAACUGCAACCUUACCCAGAUAGGGGGUCUCAUCGACUCCAAAGCCUACGGCGUGGGAACCCCCAUGGGCUCUCCGUACAGAGACAAGAUUACCAUAGCGAUCCUGCAGCUGCAGGAAGAAGGAAAGCUGCACAUGAUGAAGGAGAAGUGGUGGAGGGGGAACGGUUGUCCGGAGGAUGAGAAGAAUAAGGAGGCCAGCGCUCUGGGGGUCCAGAACAUCGGGGGCAUCUUUAUCGUCCUGGCGGCUGGACUCGUCUUGUCGGUGUUUGUGGCAGUCGGAGAGUUCAUCUAUAAAUCCAAACAAAACGCACAACUGGAAAAGAGGUCCUUCUGCAGUGCCAUAGUGGACGAAUUGCGGGUGUCCCUCAAGUGCCAGCGGCGCCUCAAACACAAGCCUCAGCCGCCCGUCAUGGUCAAGACAGAGGACGUCAUCAACAUGCACACCUUCAACGACCGCAGACUGCCAGGCAAAGAGACCAUGGCCUAGAACAGGUCUCUGUCUCUCUCUCUCUCUCUCUCUCUCUCUCUCUCUCGCUCUCUCUCUCUCUCUCUCUCUAUCUCUCUCUCUCUCUCUAUCUCUCUCUCUAUUUCCCUCUCUCUCUCUCUGCUGUCACUGGGAGGCGUGUAGGGUGAAGAGACACUGGGGGAGGGAGGAAGGGUGAUAGUUGAUUUAUGUGAGUGUAUGGGGGGAGGUUAAGAGAGAUGGGAGAUGAGAGGAAAAGAGAAGUGGAGAAGAGAAGAGAAGAGAGGAGCUGAGCUGCUCUGAUCACUGACUGUCUGGCAUCGUUGUUUCAAAACACUAAGCUAGAAAUGAAAAGAGAUUCAACAAUGUUUCCUGUGGAAAUAACUUGAACCAACCUGGGAGCAAUUCAAUGUGAGUUACCUCAUUACUCUACCUGGCAGUGCACCUGAGCAAGGAGUGAUGAAAGUGGUGCCAUGAUUUAGUAUAAAAAAGAGAGUUAAACCCAGGAUUCAGAGGAAAGGAGGGAGGGCAGGUUAAAUUGAAAGUAUAGAAUAUCAUAUGUUUCGUUGUCCCUUAAAUAUUGAUUCAAUUUGGACCUGUGAUUUCUAUCUGCUACCCAACCACUCUCUCUCUCUCACUGAGUAGAAUCAGGAGCACGUAUAUCCCUCAGUCAUAGUUAUGGAGCAAACACAUACACAGAUACUAAUAGAAAAAACAGAGAAAAUCAGUUGGCGAGUGUGUAAAGGACACAUCUUGUUAUUAUUCAACCAUAGAAGAAGAAGGAGACCAGAUGGGCUAGAAACAGCCAGUUCCAAAUGAAACCCAAACCCCAAAACACAUUGGUGAGCAGGACAUAACUGCUCCCAACAUGUACAGAGGCAUCGUUUAUUCAUAUCAUUCACUGUUGGAAAGAAUACAGUACAUUAUCCAUCAGGCAAUAGGUUAUUUCAUUUGUUUUGUUUUCAGAGUACUAAACAUUUUGUUAAAUUAUGGGGGACGGGAAAAACAUUUUGAAUUAAAAAAUAUAUACAUAGAUAAAUACAAGCAGAGACAGAUUACCGGAGGAGGGGCAGUGAUGUAAUAGAGGAAUUAGGUGAUAGGAACUGGAAGUGACAUGAAGAGUGGCGGACAUGAUGAAAGUAGUAACCUUAGGAACCUUAGUAGUUUGAAGUGAAGGAAAGCAGGACAGCAGGAGUGGAUCUGAAACUAAAUUCACAGCAAUCACGCAACAUGAGGAAUUUAUUUAUUCGUAUUUAUUAUUUUAUUUAUGAAUUUCUUUAUUUAUAUUUUCAUGGACUGGAUUUUCACAGCAGCUGCAAGGAUACAGUACACACCUCAUUUUCAGAUUUGAUGGGUACAAAUGUUUUGGUUUUCUUUUCUGUUCGAUGUCAAGUCUCAAGUUUCUUUAUGUACUCUUGUGGCUUUUAUUUUAGUAACAAAAUCCUCACAUUUACUUGUGCAAAUGCAAUUUCUAUGAAAAAGUGUUUUUGUACGAAGAAAAUAAAACAUUUUGUAAUAAUUUUUAUCAACAAAAAAUGUACCACGGGUGUCACCACGGCAGACAGCGUGACUCUCUCUCCACUGUGGGCCGUGUGGGUGUCCCAAGGGAUAGCAGCCCCAUCUAGGAUAGCCCCGUCAGGCCUAACACAACCCCCUCCAGGGGGUCACGAGAACAACCCCUCCAUGGACCGGCCUCACACCGAUGGGGUCUCCAGAGCAUUCUGGUUGAGCUUCAGUGGCAUAAUACAUGUUUUGGAAAAACUAUUUUUAUCAUGUAAAGGAAUCAUAUUUAAAAGAAAGAUAUUUUUACUUCAGGUGAAAGAAGAGUAAUGAUUAAACAAUAAUUAGAACAAUAAAUAUAUAUAUACACACACAAAGAAGCUGAAGUGAAGAGGACUGCCAACGAUGCUUAUCAUUCUACACCCCUGAUUCCCAAUAGACUGCUAGAUUUCAGUGCUGAGAAAUUGUGUGUAAAUGGUUUUAAAAACAGAAGAAUAUGUAUUUAACAGAAUAAGGAACACCUAACUAAUUUUGAACAUGUUAUGAAAACUAAACGGAGUGCACACAGUUUACUGUUUGAAGUUGAUGCACAAGUUUAAAGAAAAUAAAAAAAAUUCUUCA